UGUGAACUGACGGUGGUCCCCAAAGGACAGCGAAAGACUAUGCCAUUGAAGGACUUUAAAAUGGACUUUUGCCACCUGAAAAGGAACUCGAAGGCAAAGUCUAUGCUGGGCAGCUACUACAGGGCAGUGAACAGAUCGGCGGUAAUGCCUCCCGGCGAUUGCCCCUUUAGCAGCAACACCAAUAUCCUGUUAAGAGGACUAACUAUAGAACAGGAUAUUCCUCAAUUUAUGCCAGAAGCAAAUUACACCUUCAAGGGAAAGUAUUAUGCCAACAAAGAGCUUGGAUUAGUGAUGAAGAUUACAGGGGGGUUUUAUAUAAAUGACAGCAAUUCCACCAUAUGAAUGGUGAAGUUUACAAGAAUAUAUUUGU